AAAUCCAAACUAGCUAUGGAGUUCCCACCAGGUGAGAUCCGAGACAUAAUCGAUGAAAUCGCCCACAUAUUACGGACCAAGAACUACACUUUAGCGGUGCUGGAGGCCGCGUGUGGUGGCCUCAUUUCUGCCUACCUCAUCUCGGUGCCUGGAGCGUCUGACUUUUAUAUUGGUGGGAAGUUGGUGUACUCGCUCAAACAGAGAUUGAGGUUGAGUGGGUGGUCCGCCGAUGAGAUACGGCACUAUAUGGGACCCAGUGAGGUGGUGGCCUUAAGAUUGGCCCGAACCACCAAGUACGAGUUGGGGUCGACAUUUGUGCUACUGGAAACAGGGUUUGCGGGUCCUACCGUUGACCUACACUUGACGGAUGGGGGUGGAACUGGUACUAGCGCGGCCGGGGCCAAUGCGAGCGGUACUACUGUUGGGGCCAGCGCGGGUCCAGGAGACGUGUACUUGGGAUUUGUGGGGCCAGAUCGAGAACUCAGCUGUAAGCGCCAGACUCACUCGGCAAACCGGUCACAGAACAUGACGGAAUUUGCCCGGUUUGGUCUUGAGUUCCUUUUAGACCAAUUAAGGAGUUUAUAGCUUGUAUAUUAAAUAGUACUGGGGUGUUUCGAAUUUUUUUCGUGGUGGGCGCACGUCGUUUUCCCUCUCUCUCACUGACACGCUCGAAUCGCUUUUUGUGAAGUGACGAAACAAAAACACAAAUAUAACAACUCACUGCU